ACCCCGUAAUAGUAAGUCAAUCCAAAGUCCAAACAGCCUGUUAGUAUUAUCAUCCUACUUAAUUUGUCUUUUGGAUAAAGCUCCUAGAUUAACCCCAAACAAAUUCUCAUUAUACUACCAACAGAAUCUUCUUUUAGACCCACCCAACUUUUUCCCCGCCCAUUUCGCUUUGCCUCUUCUAUUUUCCACCGCACAAUUCCCAAUUAAAAAAAUAAUGUGGCGUAGAUCCGCUUCAUUCAUACUCGAUAAAACCCAAAACGACGCCGUACCAACAACACCACCCUCCGUCGCCGCCAUGGCCGAAAAUACCCUACAAAACCCUAACCCUAAUUCCGACAUUUCGGCGUACUACCAAACGAGAGCGGCGCAUCAUGGAGUAGUAACGAGUGAUUGGCUUGCUCAAGCACAGGCUGCGGUAGGGAACCAAGAGGAAGACAUCGGUGUGAAUGCGAAGAGUUAUUUGGGUGGUGAUGAAUUGGGGAAGUUUAGUGUGAUUGAUGAGUUUAAUAAUUGGCGUAAACAGCCUGAUUUGGCUGAGGCUGUUGCUGCUAUUAGAGCAUUGGCUUCGGUUAUUAGGUCCAGUGAUGCUACUACUAUGAUGGAACUUGAAAUUGAGCUUAAAAAAGCUUCCGAUUCUCUCAAGUCAUGGGAUAAAACCUCCAUAUCUUUGACAGCUGGUUGUGAUUUGUUCAUGCGCUAUGUAACAAGAACAUCAGCAUUGGAAUAUGAGGACUUCAAUUCAGCCAAGUCUCGCCUUCUUGAACGUGCAGAGAAGUUUGGCGAAAUAUCUUAUAAGGCCCGGAAGAUAAUUGCAAUGCUCAGUCAAGACUUUAUUUUUGAUGGCUGCACCAUUUUAGUACAUGGCUUCUCCAGAGUGGUGUUUGAGGUUCUGAAAACAGCAGCUCAGAAUAGGAAGAAUUUUCGAGUUCUUUGCACUGAAGGGAGGCCAGACAGGAGUGGGUUACGAUUAUCUAACGAGCUAGCCAAGCUUGAUGUUCCUGUGAAACUCUUAAUAGAUUCUGCUGUGGCAUAUAGCAUGGAUGAAGUUGACAUGGUUUUUGUUGGGGCAGACGGUGUGGUUGAAAGUGGAGGCGUUAUCAACAUGAUGGGAACCUAUCAAAUUGCUUUGGUAGCUAAGAGCAUGAAUAAACCAGUCUAUGUAGCUGCUGAAAGCUAUAAGUUUGCUCGCCUCUAUCCACUGGACCAAAAAGAUAUGGUUCCAGCUUUACGUCCAAUUGAUUUUGGGGUGCCAAUCCCAGCCAAGGUGGAGGUUGAGACAUCUGCUCGUGAUUAUACACCACCUCAGUAUCUUACACUUCUAUUCACGGAUUUGGGCGUUCUAACGCCAUCUGUAGUAAGUGAUGAGCUUAUACAGCUAUAUUUGUAGCCCCAAUGGAAGUCUGAUUCUGUCGUAGGUAUCCCAACUAUUACAUGGAGGGAGGAAAUUUUGUUUUCGUUCUCCCAUUCCUUGUAUACCACCUUUUACUAUCCUGAAUCUUGGGGGUAGUGUCUCCAUUUUGAGUGUGUACUUUAGGUACUUAAUAAUGUAAUCUUUGGUAUGUUGUAAUUAAUGUUAAGAUGCAGUGAAGAAACUACAGUAGUCUGUAGGAACUCGAGUGUGCCUCUAGCAUCUUUUCAAAACUAAGAAAUUUUGUCCUGGA